UUGCUAAAAUUAAACAACUUAGAUAAGAACAUGGAUUUUCCAAAUGUAUGCGUUAUUUUGCAGUUUCUGUUUCUUAUUGGUAAUUGCUUCGUUGUGAACUCAAUCGAAUCUUCGUUUCUUUUCAUUUCUCUCUCUUCAUAAUUCCAAUUUCCUAUACUUCAAACACGGGUCAGUUCCUCUCUCUGACAUGACCACUUUCCACAUCACCAUCGCCAUUACAUAAGACAAGAAUCAGUGGCCAAGGCAUAAACCAUAAAUGAAUCUUAUGCCGCCUUUUCCGUUGGUUUGAGAUGGAUGAUGAUGAGGAGGAGGAGCUAUGUGAUCUUUCUCUCUCUUCAUGGAUUAAAGAGAAAUUAGAUUAACUGUGAUGAUGAUGAUCAGAGAGGAGAAGGGCGUGAAGCCUAUUCUACUGAAAGUUGGUUUGGCUUUGGCUCUUUCGUUUGCUGGAUUUCUCUACUCACGCCUUAGACCCAGAAGAAUCAGGCCCUCCAAGCCACGCAAGGGGCGGCGUUCUGGUCAUGGGAGUAUAGUUAAUUUAGGAGGAGGUAUAGGGGCAACAUUAAGUACUUGCAACACUGUUUCAGAGGGAAAAUUUUUAUGUACUCAGGAAGAAACAUGCAUCGACAAGGUGAUAAGUGACAAUUCUCCUAUUGCUCUUUCUCCUGACACUACACAAAAAGGAGAUAAAGAUGAGCUCCUCCUGCCUGAAUUUAAUGAUCUUGUUAAGGAAUUAGACUUUGGAUCCACCGUUGUUGGAAAUUCUUUUAGAAAAGAUAUGGAAGCACCAAGUUUAAAAGUAGAAUCUGCUAAAGCAUACACAGGACCUGAGAAGGAUGACUGUGAGCAAGAGAUAAGUCAACUCAGGAACAUGAUUAGAAUGCUUCAAGACAGGGAACAAAAUCUUGAGGUUCAACUCCUUGAGUACUGUGGUCUUAGAGAGCAAGAAACAGCAGUAAUUGAGCUCCAAAAUAGAUUGAAGGCAAGUAAUAUGGAGGUAAAGAUGUUCAAUCUGAAGGUUAAGACCUUACAGUCUGAGAAUCGAAGGUUAGAGGAACAGGUUGCUGAUCAUGCAGAAGUGGUGGCUGAUCUUGAGGCUGCAAAAGCGAAAGUCAAACUGCUCAAUAAGAAAAUUAGGUAUGAAGCUGAACAGAAUAGGGAGCAGAUCAUAAGUCUUCAACAGAAAGUUGCCAGGUUGCAAGACCAAGAGUGGAAAGAUGCUGCUUGUGAUCAAGAUAUUCAAAUAAAGCUGAAAAAGCUUAAGUAUCUUGAGUGUGAAGCAGAAGAAUUGAGGAAAUCUAAUUCAAGAUUGCAGAUAGAAAAUUGUGACUUAGCUCAAAGAUUGGAUUCUACUCAGAUCCUUGCAAAUGCAGUUCUAAUAGACCCAGAGGCAGAUGCUGUGAAGCAAGAAACCGAGUGUCUUAAACAAGAAAAUGUGCUCUUGAUGAAGGAAAUUGAGCAAAUACAAUCUGAUCGGUGUGCAGAUCUUGAGGAAUUAGUAUAUAUGCGAUGGAUAAAUGCUUGCUUACGAUAUGAACUAAGGAAUUAUCAGCCGCCACCAGGUAAAACAGUUGCAAAGGACUUGAGCAAAAGCUUAAGCCCCACGUCUGAGAAGAAAGCCAAGCAACUUAUACUAGAAUAUGCAAAUGCUGAUGCACCAGGGAGCAUUGUGGACUUUGAUAUAGACCAUUGGUCCUCCUCACAGGCUUCUUCACUCACUGACUUCGGAGAGUGUGAUGAUUUUUCUUCUGUUGAUAAUUCAUCCACUGCGAGAACUAACACCAUAAGCCAGACUAAACUUUUUAGCAAGCUUAGGCAACUGAUACAAGGUAAAGAUUGUAGCCAUCACCAUAGUCAUGUUUCGUCACAAGAAAAAUAUGGAUAUCAAGAAGAUAGCUUAUCUACACGGCCGAGUACAUCAACUGCAACCAAGGAUUUUAGGAGUGAGUUUGUAACUCCCAUUGUCACAUCUAGAGCAUCCCUUGAUUUCUCUCGGUUGAUGACUUUGAAGGAAGGAGAUAGGAGGAAUUCAGAUAGCACUUUCAUGAAAAGCUCAAAUAAAUUCAGGGGACAUGGAAAAAGUUCUUUCUCAGAUUCCAUAGGCAUGGAGAAAUAUGAUUUGGAGAAAUAUGCAGAAGCUUUAAAAGGUUCUAGUGUGACUGCUAGACAUCAAAGACGUAGAAGAUCAGCAUCAUAUAGUUAGUUUGUUAAAACUUAAUAUUUGCAAAGAGAUUUUACCUUUUCCGACUGUGAAAGAAAUUUUGGUGGUACAGUAGACAGUGUAAAUUAGCCAUUAGGUCCAGUUCAGACAGCAUGUGUGUAUCAAAUAAGAAUGCAUUUUCAAUAAUUGGCAGUGUAACACUCAUCAAUAGUCUUUUAAUUCAGAUUAUCGCAGUACAGCACUUUUUAACAUGGAAAAUGAUAUUGGUUGCAUUGCUUUU